AUGGGGCAGCACGGAGUGACGCUCCGUCUCGUAGGUUUCGUGUUUGUUUUGAUAGGUUGUCUUGCAGCGAGCCCCGCUUUGGGGGCCUUCCUGCAGGGUUCGCUGCCGCUGGAGCCGGUGCUCUCAACCCCCGCGGAGCUGCUGUCCAAU